AUGGCGCCGCGUUCUCGCGGCAAACGGUAUGCGUGGCUAGAUCCGAGUUCAGCUUACAUCAAUACUCAUUCGUUCAACGCAAUUAUUGAUGAUCUCGUCAGGCCAUUCUGUGUAGAUUCCAUCGAUGUCGUAGCGGGUAUCGACGCGGCUGGAUUUGUUUUGGCAGGAGCCUUGGCAGUUCGAUUGAACAAAGGUGUGCUCACACUUCGCAAAGGCGGUAAAGUGCCGGUGGCCUAUGACGUGGUUUCAAUGGUAAAUUACUCCGCCCAAACUCAGGAAUUGGAAAUGAGAAAACCCGCAUUCUCAUCUGGAACCAAAGUUCUUCUCGUAGACCAGUGGAUCGAAACAGGCGGCACAAUGGAUGCCGCGAUGCGACUGAUUGAGCGACAAGGGGGUGUGGUGGCUGGAAUUGCGGUUAUCUGUGUGGAGGAAAACACAUUCACAAAUCAAAUGCGAAAAAAAUAUAAGGUUUCAAGUUGUGUAUUGCCGGACUCCGAUUUGCAGAGCCAGUGCAACCAACAGACUCUAAACAGUUUCGCAAAAUUCAACCCGGAAAGUUGUUUUCCGGAUACUGACGAAAAGAACUAA